ACUGGAAGUCAUGUGUACUCCGAGUCACGUGAACUCCGGCGCCACGUGACAGUCUUCCCCCCGCCCUUUCUUUGGUCCCUACCGGCCUGGGGGGCGGUGGCGGUCAAUGCCGGGUCAAGGUCCGCGGGCCUCGCGGAUCGUAGCCCGGGCGCACGCGAUCAGAUGAUCCGGGUGUGGAUGGCCAAGUUCUAGGAGGGAUGGCUGAGCAAGCGGCGCUAGGACCCCCGGGCAGAGGCUCGGGGAAGGGAGGCAGGGGGGAAAUGCCUUACAAGGUCCCCUUGCGGUCACCAUCUGAGCCCGCCGCCCAAAAUAGCCCCCGGCGCCCGCCAGCCUGCCUUAUGGCCGAGAGAUGGCUGCUGCCUCCGAGCCCGUGGAUUCGGGUGCACUCUGGGGACCUGCCCGUCCGGAGCCCCCUCCCACCCGCUUCCAUUGGGUGCACGGUGACAACAUCCGCGUGGACCCCUCUGGGAUGCGGGCCACACGCGUGGAGAGCUUCGCCCACGGCGUGUGCUUCAGCCGUGAGCCCCUGGCCCCGGGCCAGGUCUUCCUGGUCGAGAUCGAAGAGAAAGAGCUGGGCUGGUGCGGACAUCUGCGUCUCGGUCUGACGGCGCUGGACCCCGCCAGUCUGGCCCCCGUUCCCGAGUUUUCUCUGCCCGACCUAGUCAACCUGGGCCACACCUGGGUCUUCGCCAUCACGCGCCACCACAACCGCGUGCCCCGGGAGGGCCGCCCGGAGGCCGAGGCAGCGGCCCCCAGCCGACCUCCAACCCUCCUGGUGGAACCAUAUCUGCGCAUUGAGCAGUUUCGCAUUCCCCGGGACCGCCUGGUGGGCCGCAGUCGGCCAGGGCUCUACAGCCAUCUCUUGGACCAGCUCUAUGAGCUGAACGUGCUGCCUCCGACGGCGCGCCGUAGCCGCCUGGGCGUCCUCUUCUGCCCGCGCCCCGAUGGCACGGCCGACAUGCACAUCAUCAUCAACGGCGAGGACAUGGGCCCCAGCGCCCGGGGGCUGCCAGCUGCGCAGCCCCUCUACGCGGUGGUGGACGUGUUUGCUUCCACCAAGAGCGUGCGCCUUGUCCAGCUCGAGUAUGGCUUGCCGUCCCUGCAGACUCUGUGCCGCCUAGUGAUACAGAGAAGCAUGGUGCACCGGCUGGCCAUUGAUGGGCUCCACCUGCCCAAAGAACUUAAGGAUUUCUGCAAGUAUGAGUGAAGACCCGCAGCGCACCGAAGCAGAGCUGCAUCCUGGGGCCUCAGACCUGUGGCUGGCUGGUCUGAAGUUGGCCAUAUUGCUGACAACCAGGACCAGAAAUAAACAGCCAAUGCUGACAUCUUGAUCAUUGGAAGGUCUCCUUGCCCUCCAGCCUAGGAGAGGCACUUCGUUUAGAAUCACUGCAGGUCAGCAGGUCGGAGCAAGAGAGCAGGGGUUCCUAGGCUGGCUGCUUGUUAGAGUCAUCUUAGGAUACGUAAAGAGGGCUGGUGUCCCACAUCCCAUCCCUAGGGAUUUGUAUUUGAUUUGUUGGGAAAUUAGGCCUAGACAUUGUUUUUUGUAAAAGCUUCUCAAGAGAUUCUCAUGUACAGCCAGGGUUGAGAAGUAUGUCCCUAGAAUAGAGGUUCCAACUUUGUCAUAUAUUAUAAUCACUUGAGGAACUUUGAAAAAUACCAAUACCUGGCCUGUAAUCCCAGCACUUUGGGAGGCCGAGGCGGGAGGACAGCUUGAGGCUAGGAGUUCAAGACCAGCCUGGGCAACAUAGCAAGACCCUGUCUCAACACAAAAA